AUGGACGAUGAAAAUGUUGCAGUUGGUCUAUUGUUUGCUUCAAACGCGGUGGUCCAUAUGAUAGUUAACCCAAUUGUCGGUCCGAUAACGAACAGAAUUGGUUACAGCAUACCGUUUUUUAUCGGGUUCAUCAUUAUGUUCGCUUCUACCUUAACUUUUGCGUUUGGCAAUAGUUACAAGGUUUUGUUUGUGGCCAGAGCAAGCCAGGGAUUAGGAUCAUCAUGUUCCACUGUGUCAGGAUUAGGCAUGUUGGCCAAUUUGUACAGAGAUGACCAAGAGAGAGGUAAUGCUCUGGCAAUCGCUUUGGGAGGACUGGCCAUUGGAGCUCUUGUUGGUCCCACGUGCGGAGGAGUCCUGUAUGAGUUUUUUGGCAAGGAGACACCAUUCAUCAUCUUGGCUGCUGUUGCAAUGGUUGCUGGAGCCAUGGUAUUGUUCGUUUUACAACCAAAACUGGAAAAAGAGGAGGAGAAGGGAAGUUCAUUGAAGAAGCUGUUGUCUGAUCCAUACAUAAUCAUUGCUGUUGUAUCAAUACAUUUGGGUGUCAUGGGAUACGCCGCGCUUGAACCCAUCUUGCCAUUGCACAUGAUCCAAACUAUGGGAUCAUCAAAUUGGCAGCAAGGAAUGGCUUUCCUUCCUGGAAGUCUCUGCUACCUUAUCGGUACUUAUCUUGUUGGACUAUUUGCUCAUAAAAUUGGAAGAUGGUUGAGUGCGAUGAUCGGAUCAUUCAUCAUCAGUGCGUCACUAUUUCUUAUACCACUCGCCACUCACUUUGAACAUUUAAUAGUUCCACUUGCUGCGCUUGGAUUUGCAAUCGGCUUAAUAGAUUCAUCAAUAAUGCCGAUGAUGGCUCACCUGGUCGACAUACGUCACGUGUCCAUAUAUGGAAAUAUCUAUGCCAUUACUGACACGGCGUUUUGUUUGGCAUUUGCAGUUUGGCCAACACUCAGUGGACCUGUCAUAAAGUUAAUAGGAUUCAAAGGACUGAUGUGGAUGAUGGCAGCCAUCAACCUCUUGUACUCACCCAUCCACAUCUUCCUCAGAAAUCCACCAACUAAGGCGGAAAAAGAAGUUUGUGAAUUAAACAUUUAA